GAUCCUCUAAAUCUCUGGAACACCAUUUUUUUAGUUACACUAUCUGGAUUGACAACAAAACUAAUUUUGAACGUAGCUGGUUCAUGACAGGAAUUCAACUUGUUUGGAACUGAAAUUGAACAAUCAAGUUUCCAGGAACGAACUGGUCCUUUCUAACUGUGGGACUAUUUGACAGCAAGAUUUUUUAAAAAGGAAGACUUGAAUCAGAAAAGACUGAGCUAAUGCUGCCACAAAGUCACCUGGCUGGGAACCUGUGAAAAGAGACAACCUGGUUAUUAUCACAAUGAAUCUGAAUAACAGAAGUGAAAAGGUUUCAUUUUGCUUUCAAACACAGAGAUCUGCAAGGACAAAGACAACCUAAGAAGGACAGAGGACAGUCUCAUGAAGACCAAGCUGGACAAAAGGAACUUGUUCUUCCUUUAUUUGGAUUGGGUACACCUUAGUACUAAAACUAUCUAAAAUUUUGCAACACUGGAUACAAAGACUAAAUAGAAGAGAGAGCAGACUAUUAUGUGUUCAAUUUACCUAGAGUAUAAGACCACUGGGAUUCUGGGAAGGACUUGCAAAGGUGACGAGUUGUGUCAGCUAUAGAAUCUGAAACUUUGUAUUUUCUGAUAUCGCUUAUAGAUUGUUGACCGCACAGAUCUUAUAUUCAGAUGAAUGCGCAGGUGCUAUGCUGAGGGGAUCGGGUGUUGCUCCAGCCCCACCAGGCCACAAGUGGAAAUUUCACUGUUCUGUUGGGGUGGACUGUAGUAACGCUGAACCCUGCUGCAUUUGGCUAGCAGUUCUGAGGGGGGUGUCCAAUCACACAUCACUUCGUCCAACAGCAGUAACACCAACAAGAAGAACUGGUUCCAGGAUCAAAAAUCACCAUCAUUUGUCUUCGACUAAAGGCCAGAAUGAUAGGAUUGUGUCAUCGGACAAAAACAGAAGCAACCAGCUGCCAUCAACUGAAGUGGCAGUCAUGUCUCAGCAAGGCCCACGGACCAUCGUUCUCCAGAAGGACUCACAAGGUUUCGGCUUCACUUUGCGCCACUUCAUUGUGUACCCACCAGAGUCAGCCCUCCAAAGCCUCAAGGAUGAAGAAAAUGAUAAUUUACCAGGAAAGGGUGUACUCCCAGAAUGUCAACUCCAAAGGUGUUAAACUGUACUCAGGUGAGACCCAGAACCUCCCAGAACCUCCACAUCUCUGUUCCCUGGACUCCAGUGUGAACUCCACUCUGCAGCACCCCACUUCUAACCCUCCUGGUCCUCUGGAUAACUGGCCGCACAAUGGCAGAAGUGCCGUCUCACAACUGGACAACCAAACCCCUGCUACCUCUACCUCCACCUCUGGCCAACCACAAGUUCCAGAGGAUUCCAGCAGACAUUUUGCUCCACCAUGGCAACGCCAGGGCUACAAUUAUGCAAGCCUGAAUGCAUGUGACUUCCAUUUUGCUAACCAUAAUGCUGCCAUCACCUCUGCAACGCUGCCUCUACCUCGAAGGAGCAGUCUGCAGGCCUCUUCCCGUGCCGACAGUGAUGCACUCUACCACCACGCUCUGUCAGACUGGUACUACAGCCAAGCAGAGGCAGCAGAACACAUUUCCCCCCGCCAUUUAAGUGUAUCUCAGGACUAUUUAGCCGAGCCGCAGUUGGGUUCGGCACCAAGGCCCAGAUUUUUACCCACCCCUACAAACUUUGCAGAACACCACAGAAGAGAAACUUUGCUCCAUCAUCAGCGAGCAGCAGCUGCUGUGCACGAGUCCUACUGGCUAGGGGGCUGUGGCACUGGAUCGGGUACUGCUAGAAAAUCAUGCUCCGAGAGUCUGCUGGCAGCCUAUGCUGACUAUGAGCACAAUUAUGGCCGCUCUGUGGAAACACUGGCAGAGGCCUCGGCUCUGGUCUCACAACAUUAUGAACAGACUUUACCAAAUUCCCAAAUGACAUGUAAAAGAGAACAGAAGAAGCAGAAAGCUCCAGGAGGACAUGAACAUAAAACUACAGUGACCCCCACCAUGUCACUCGGCCACAUGCAGUCAGCUCAGCAGGUGGCGGAGCCUCAAACAAGACGGCUGGAAGAAGAGGAAGUGGUGGGCUACAGAAGCUACAGCCCCUCGUUUUACCACAGAGGGGGCCAUCUACUCCAGCAGGCCCACUCUUUCAGAGAGCCUGCUUACAGUGGCCCUCACCUCAACUGGGGGUCUGGCACCAGAAGAGACAGUGGUGCCUUUUCCCAUCUCCAGUCUUCUCCUGCACCUCUGACUUUAGAGGAGAAGAUGAAGCAGCUAAGGGAUGACAGAGAGGUCAUCUCCUCUGUGUCCACCGUUGAAGAGGUGGUCCUGAGGCAAAGGCCCCUGUUUAACUGUCAGGCACCCUUUCAGGCUAACUCCUCUUCCACCAUAUCACCGGAAGUAUCUGCUUGGAUCCCUGCAGCCAGAGCAAUUCCUGUCCCUCAAGAAACUGGGUCCAGCCGCAGAAUUAACGGUAGCCUUGCCCAUGCCUUUAAUUCCCUCUCCUCCAUUCCUUUCAUAGGAAGCUUUAAAAGCCGCCGCUCCUCUUACCUGCUGGCCAUCACCACUGAGCGAUCAAAGUCCUGCGAUGAAGGACUCAACACUUACAGGGAUGAGAGCAGAGUCUUCUCUAAAUUGCCGAAAAGAGUCAAGAGCUUUUUCACUGAUGGGUCUUUGGACAGUUUGCGAGCCCAGGAGGACCCCCACUCGAAGCGCCACUCCACAUCAGAGCUGGGUACCAUCACCUUUAGUGACGUCCGGAAGGAGGGGUGGCUACACUACAAACAGAUCCUCACAGAGAAGGGAAAGGUAAAGAAGCUAGGAGGCAGCAUGCGACCUUGGAAACGUGUCUUCAGUGUGCUUCGCCAUCACUCCCUUUUCCUUUACAAAGACAAGCGUGAAGCUGUGCUGCACGGCGCCGGGGCAGGCAGCAGUCAGGAUGAACAUCCACCAGUUAAUAUUCGAGGCUGCCUGAUUGACAUCGCUUACAGUGGAACCAAACGAAAGCAUAGCCUGAGGCUGACCACACAGGACUUCUGUGAGUAUCUGCUGCAGGCUGAAGACCGGGACGACAUGCUGGCAUGGAUCAGGGUCAUCAGAGAGAACAGCAAAUCAGAUGAUGAGGAGAUUGGACAAGUUCUAAUCAACAAGAAGCUGAAUGACUACAGGAAACACAGUCUGACAGGCAACAAGCUGGAUUCCUCCCCCAGAGCCCAUCGCAUGGUGCCUGACUUCCUCCUGGCUAAAACAGACAAUACUUCAGGAAAUCGAACCUCAAGAGCUGAUGACAACAAGGCCCUGUGGGGUAUCAACCUCAUGAAGAAAACAAAGAAACCAGGCUGUCCGAAAGCCUUUGGGGUGAGACUGGAGGACUGCCAGCCAGCUGUUAACCAUAAAUUUGUCCCUCUGAUUGUUGAGAUAUGCUGCGGUGUGGUGGAGUCCUCUGGUCUGGAGUACACCGGGAUCUACCGAGUGCCUGGGAACAAUGCCAUGGUGUCAAGUCUGCAGGAACACCUCAACAAGGGCCUGGACAUCAACACUGCUGAAGAGAGAUGGCAAGAUCUGAAUGUCAUCAGCAGCCUGCUUAAAUCAUUCUUCAGAAAACUGCCGGAGCCUCUGUUCACUGACGACAAAUAUAACAGCUUCAUUGAUGCCAACCGGAUAGAAGAUGCUGAUGACAGACUGAAGACCAUGAAAAAACUGAUCCAUGACCUCCCAGAUUAUUAUUACCAUACCCUUAAUUUCCUGGUGAGUCACUUGAAGAUGGUGGCAAACUACUCUGAGAAGAACAAGAUGGAGCCAAGAAACCUGGCUCUGGUGUUUGGUCCCACUCUGGUGAGAACGUCAGAGGACAAUAUGACUGACAUGGUCACCCACAUGCCUGACCGUUAUAAAAUAGUGGAGACACUCAUCCUUCAUCAUGACUGGUUCUUCUGUGAUGGUGAGCUGGAACUGAACAAUACGGCCCCUGAGGGUAAGCAGGACAUUCAACCUGUCCCUAACAUCGAUCACCUGCUGUCAAACAUUGGCAGGCCGGGCAUGCCUGGGGAUGCUUCAGAUUCCACCACCAGUGAUUCAAUUAAACUGAAGAUUUCUUCCACUUCCAAGAAAGAUCUGAAUGCCAGAGACUUCCUUCCCAAGUCCAUCAUCUCUGCUGUGACCCGCAAACGUAAAAAAUGCCUCAGCACUCAUCUAGCAGUCAGCAGCGGUGAUGAGGACUCUGAGCAUGAAAUGGCCAAGAACACAAGCUACAGAGAGAGAGAUGAAGGGGGAGAUGGAAGGGGACCGCAUGAACCUUUCCAGGGGGAACACACCUGCUGCAAAAAAGAAAAGAGACAUGGAGUGAAACAUGUACAGACAUCUGAAGAGGGAAAAAGAGAAGAAGAAGAAAAAACAACUGUGAUGAAGGGAGCAGAUGGAGGGCAAGGUUCUUUCCUCUGUUCUCAUCAGAGUCACGGCAAAUACCCAAAACCUCCAGCAGCAACAAGCCCACCAUCACAUACCAAGAUUCCGAGCGACGCCAAAGAACGUCCUAAUGUUCCAUUCUGGAUCUCCCCCAGCUGCCCUCUCCCUCUGCAGACCUCCAGUUGCCUUAGAGAGUGGAGUCAGGCAGCCAGUACAGGCAGGCCUGCUAGGACCAGGGCCACCUCCAUUAACCUGGAGCUGGGCCGGGGCCAGGAGAUUGGCAGAGGUCAGAGAUCAGAUGGGGUAGAGGUGAUCAGAGCUGGGGAAGUGCUAGCAGCUCAGUGUGGAUUUCUUCAGCAGAGAUCCGUCACAGGAGGUUCAGCUCAACAUCCCCUUCCUGUCUUUUCUUCUACUUCAGGAUGGACUGAUCAGCGAUCCUCCUCUGUGGUGUUAAGGUCAACUCCAGAUUCUCAAGCCAGGAGGAGAGCAUGGCGUCGCCACACUGUGGUCAUUUAAGCCAACUUUUAAUUCUACUAAAACAGAAAAGUUUACUCGCCAACAUCUGCCCAAUUGUUUCUCUCAAACCGUGAUGGUGUGCCUCUUUACACAUCCAGAUCUCAUGCCUCAAAACUCAGACUUUUAUCAACUGUUAAAAUGUUGUAAAUAUAACCUAAUGACAGAAUAUCGUAAUUUAUUUAAUAAACAAAAUGCUAAAAAUAUGUUUUAAAAACGACUUACUGAAACUGGCCUACUGAUCACAUGCAGUAAUUGUUCGUCAGUGCAGUGAGCAGUUUUCUACAGCCGGAGGUUGAUAGGCUGUUACUCCCCAUCACAGCGCUCCUUACCAUCAGGAGAGAACAGAGGCCAAGCAGAACCACAGCCAAAUCCCCCAACUCUGACCCACCAGGUGGUUUUCCAAGAUUUGGCCUUCCAGCCCUCAGCUGUAGUUUAUUAAUAAUUAGAUGGAUCUAACCCAAACGUUUCUGCCAAGACAACUCCAUCUCUGUACCCUUCUUUAUGUCCUAUGAUUGUGCAGAAGUCUGUUUUGUAUUGUCUAAAUAUUUCCUAACCUUUGUAUAUAAAACAUAUAAUUUAUUAAAUUGUUUUGGACAUGA